AUGUGGAAUAAUCCAGCAUUUUCAAGUAGUAUGGCAUGUAGUGAACAAAGUGAGGGCACUUAUGUCACAGAUGUAGUAAUGCUUUUGCUUCGGGCCAGUCUAAGCAGUUUCCCAAAUGGUCCUAUUUGCUUGAGCUCGGCAGAGCGUCAAAGCUUAGCAAGCAAGACUCGCAAAAAUGGAUUAAUUAGAAAAAAGCCUGACCUUAUGGUGUUAAUGAAAUAUGCAGAGAAACUUUUGAAAUUGCUUAUGUUGAAUGUUCCUGA